AUGGUUCAGAGUACCCUCGCCAGGGGUCAUGGUUCACAGCUGGAGACCAGGAAUAGCCAUGACCAGUCCGAGAAGAUCGAGUACGGAAGGAAAGGUGGAGGCGGCGACCUCAAGAGGAUGCUGAAGAACUCGAGGUCCGUCAGGAUCCUGGAGGAGUGCCUGGAGUCUCCUCUCGCUGAUAAUCUUAUAUUGCUCGAGAGGCCAGCGGCGAGCAAGAAGACGGGGAAGAAGAAGAUGUCGCCGGUCAGAUCGAUCGACACGGAGCCCCGCUACAUGAAAUCCACGAGCAGCUCGAACGCCAGGAAGGAGAAGGCCACGGUGAGCUCCCUCUCCUCAUCCAUUGUGGCCUCUGAGCUGAAUCCGGCGAAGACCCAGAUGAGGAGAUCGAAUCUCGGAUCAGUGAGACCGCCGAUGAAGAAGCGCAUGGGACUUCUCCCGUCUCCCGAGAUGGUCCCGCGCCGGGCCACCUGCUCGUCCACCAUGAAGGAGAAGAGGUUCCCGAGCCAUCUCGAUCUCAAACCAGGGGUAUCGGAGGCCGAGGGUACGUCGGUCUAUAAAGUCUGCCCUUACACGUACUGCUCCCUGAACGGCCACAGCCACCUUCCUCCGCCCCCGCUCAGGUCUUUCAUCUCGGCGAGGAGGCGGCUGCUGAAGACCCAGAAGAGCCUUACGGCGAAACUCCUCUCCUUGUCCGAUAAGGAGAUCGACGCAGAAGGAGCGGGAUGUACCGGAGUUUCUCCCUCCGUGGUUGACCCGAGGGAGGAGGAUUUCCCCGUGGAGAUCUACGCGAAUUACCCCAACGACGGGCUAGACGAGGUGAACUCUGAUUCCGGCGGCGAGAAAACCGCUGAAAUCGGAGAACAUGACGGGAAUCUGAGUGAUGAUUCGCCCUCAGACGAGGGUUUUGCUCGAAGCUGGGAUUUUUCUCCGUCUGAAAUGGAAGUGCUGGUAGAUUUUCUCGAGUACGUGGAAUGCGACGGCGAAGGAGCUGAGAGAUCACCCCGUCGCCCCACAAAAGCUGACGGAGGAUGGAGGUGUGGACGGCUCGAGAUGAACGGAGAAAACACUGCUGAGGACGACAAUUCGUACGUUGAUUUUGAGGAAAUCGAUCAUUCCGAGUUCGCAGAAGAGGAAUCCACUCAUGGGAUCUCCUUCGAAACCGGACCUCCUCAUUACGAGAACGUCGGAGAAGCAGAAGCGGGACAACUCGGGGCUGAAUUAAACUCCAACUUUGAGGUGUCAGAUGAGAUGAUUUGUCCAACAUCUGGGGAUGUGCCGAUCAGAGCCCCGGCCGCCACCUCGGUGGAGCUCGACGGCGACCCAGGCGACCUGCGGCUGUACAACCAGCGGGCGCCGAAAUUCCUCCCCGAAGAACCAGACCCAGAGGCAGAGAAGGUGGAUCUACGGCACCAGCUGCCGGAAGACAGGAGGAACUCGGAAGAAUGGAUGGUGGACUACGCGCUCCGGCGAGCCGUCGACAACCUCGCUCCUCGCCGGAAAAAGAAGGUCGCUCUGCUGGUUGAAGCGUUCGAGACCGUCCUGCCCACUCCACCUUCCUCUGAUUCCGGCCUGUCCAAGCCUCCUCCUGAAUAG